AUGGUGAUUAGCGCCGCUUCAGACGCAGUCAAGUGCAAAAUGUUUCCAGCAACUUUUAAAGGUACAGCAAUGGUGUGGUUUACAACUCUUCCACGAGGAUCCAUCACCAACUUCCGAGAUUUUUCGUCCAAAUUCCUCAUCCAGUUCUCAGCAAGCAAGACUAAGCAAGUGACGAUCGAGGACUUGUACAAUGUGCGUCAGUCUGAAGGAGAGACUCUGAAACAAUACGUGAAACGAUUCAGUGCUGCGUCGGUAAAGAUUGAGGAGUUAGAGCCGAAUGCCUGUGCCCGGGCCUUCAAGAACGGUCUACAACCUGGGAAGCUAAAUAGCAAACUGAGUCGUAGGCCGGCCAAAUCGAUGGCGGAGGUGCAUGCGCGGGAGAACACGUACAUCCUUGAUGAAGAGUACGACGCUUUCAAGCGAAGAAGAGCGAAGGUGGAAAAGGAUGGUGAUCAAAGGGACGCGUCGCCAGAGGACAAAGCGAGCAAAGACAAGGCUGAAGAGAGUAAAAGGCGAGACAGGAAAGUCCGGACAGCGGAAAAGACAACGAAAGAUCCCUUGUAUCCGAGGAAGGACAAUUUCGAGCGUCGCCGGCCCUGGCACCAGGCUGACUCUCGCCAGCGCGGAGAGUCGGGAAAGAGUCUAAGCGCUCAUCUAACAGAGUUGCUCCGUGAGGUCGAGGCGAUCCAUGUCGUUAAAGAUGGCGAAAGGAAGGCGGACCCACCGCGACCAAAAUCAAAUAAGACUAAGUGGUGUGAGUACCACCGAUCAGCGGGACAUGAUACAGGGGAUUGUUUCACUUUAAAAAAUGAGAUCGAGAGGCUCAUCAAAGCAGGGUGA